AUGUUGUUGAAGGGCUUGAAUGAACUCUUAAACCUGCACGGUAAAAAAAUUGAAGAUUAUGAUCUCCCAUCUUUACCCCCUAAUACAACAGAUGGAGAUGCAAUUCCAAGUUUCAUACAGGAGGAGUUAGCGGUCGAUAUCCCCAAUGAAGAUAUUGAAUUUGUUGCUAAGUUAAUUAAUGAUCAAAUGAUUGCAUUCAAAACCAUUAUGAAUGUAAUUGUUCAAAAACACAAUGGGGUAUUUUUUGUUGAUGGUCCAAGAGGAACAUGUAAAACAUUCCUUUAUCUAACAUUAAUGGCAAGUUUAAGAAUUAGAGGAGAAAUUGUCUUAGCAACUGCAACAUCUGGUAUAGCUGCAACAUUGUUACCCAGUGGUAGGAGUGCACACUCUCGAUUUAAGAUACCUAUUGAUAUACAACCGAGUUUCAUUUGUGGUAUUCAAAAGCAAAAAGAUCUUGCAAAUCUCAUUAGACUUGUCGUCGCAAUAAUUUGGGAUGAAGCACCAAUGACAAACAAAAAUUGUUUGGAAGCCUUAAAUCGACCAUUACAAGACAUUUGUAGAAACAAUGCUUCAUUUGGUGGAAAAGUUCUGAUCAUGGGUAGAGAUUUUUGUCAAGUUUUUCCUGUUGUAAGAAAAGGCACUAAGACACAAAUGAUUUCAGUAUGUAUUGUUCAGUCUCAUUUAUGGGAUCAUACCAAGAUUUUUCGUUUGCGUCAAAAUAUGCGAUCAUUGCAUGAUCAAGAGUUUGCGGAAUUUCUUAUUCGCAUUGGUGACGGUGUUUAA